ACAUACAAAUUUUUGAUUCCACGUGUUGUUCCUUACUACGAUUAGAGAAUUCACGUUGGGCUGCUAGAAACAAAUAAAUUUUCAUUAAUAAUAAUACAAUGGGACGGAAAGCAGAAUUUAGUGAAAAGCCAAAAAAAGGGCCUGGUCGAAAGUCCCGCAAGCAAAAGCCGCCAACUUUCCCGAAAAAAUCUUUUGCGCCUUCAAAUGACAUGGAUGAUAAAAAACUAUCCCAUCGCCAAAGGCAACGACUGGUUAAGCGUGAUCAGAAAAAAGAAAUCCAAAAGGUAAAGAAACAGAAGCUUAAUAAACAACAAAGGAAAUUAAGCGAGGGUGCCGAUGUAAUCGACGAAGCAGAAUUACAAAAUAAAUAUAACACUGAUAAGCCACAAGCUUUGGCAGGAAUCCAGCAGCAUUUGAAAUUUCAAAAACAAAAGAUUGUGGGAUUUACUGACGAUAAUAAAGAGUGGCUGAAACCGAAGCAGUUAAAAAAGCUAAAGAAAUUACAGUCUAGUGAUGACCAAGACCAAGAAAUGUCUGAAGCUGAGAAAAGUGAAGAAGACUUACUAGAAGAACAAACCGAAAGUGAAGAAGAAGAAAAUGGCGAAGACGAUGCUUGUAAAGAAACUUUUAAAAUGGAAAAGCUAGAUGACAUAUCAGAUUAUGACGAUGAAAAUGCCAAUUCAGAUGACGACUUUGAGUUAUCUGAUGAAGAGGAUACUGAUUCUACCAAUAGCAAAUCCAAAGACGAUGAAGUUGACGAUAGUCUAUUACCGAUUGAACGGGAAAAUAAGAGAUUAAAGAAACGCGAAGCUAUGGAAGCUGAAAUGGCUACCAAGGAAAUGCAAAUGUCGAUUGAUCGUCAAGAAGUUUUCAAAUUUCCAGAGGAAGAUGAAGAUAACCAAAAGGAAAUUACACUUCAGGAAAUACAACAACGUAUUAAGGAUAUUACGCUUGUUUUAUCUGAUUUCAAAAGAUAUCGCCAAGAAGGUCGGUCUCGGCAAGAAUAUUUAGAUCUGUUACGACACGAUCUCUGUAUCUACUACAGCUAUAAUGAUUUUCUAAUGGGUAAAUUAAUGGACAUGUUCCCGUUAACGGAACUUAUGGAAUAUUUAGAAACCUCUGAAGUUGCCCGCCCAUUAACCAUUCGUACAAAUUCAUUAAAAACACGUCGAAGAGAUUUGGCUGCAGCAUUAAUAAACCGCGGCGUCAACUUAGAUCCCUUGGGCAAAUGGACUAAAGUCGGUUUAGUUGUUUAUAAUUCACAAGUUCCACUUGGUGCUACUCCCGAAUACUUGGCUGGCCAUUAUAUGAUUCAGGGAGCAUCCUCAAUGCUACCAGUCAUGGCUUUAGCACCUCAAGAGAAUGAACGUAUUUUAGAUAUGUGUUCUGCACCAGGCGGCAAAGGGUCGCACAUUGCUUCGAUUAUGAAAAACACAGGCGUUCUUUUUGCGAAUGAUGCCAAUCGGGAGCGGAUAAAAGCAGUAGUAGCAAAUUUUCAUCGCCUUGGCGUUAUUAACGCUAUUGUCAGCUGUGAAGAUGGUUGUAAAUUUCGUAAUUUAAUAUCUGGAUUUGAUCGUAUUCUCUUAGAUGCUCCAUGCACAGGCACAGGUGUUGUGGCUAAAGAUCCAAGUGUCAAAUCGACAAAGAAUGAGAUAGAUGUACAGCGUUGUUAUAAUCUUCAGCGGAAGUUGUUGUUAACUGCCAUUGAUUGUGUAGAUGCCAAAUCUAAAACGGGUGGAUACAUUGUGUAUUCAACAUGUUCGGUAUUGCCUGAAGAGAAUGAAUGGGUUAUAGACUAUGCCCUCAGAAAACGAAAUGUUAAGCUUGUUCCAACUGGUUUAGAUUUUGGCGUUGAAGGCUUUACAAAGUAUCGCCAAUACCGCUUUCAUCCCAGUUUAAAUUUAACUCGCCGGUAUUAUCCGCACAUACAUAAUAUGGAUGGUUUUUAUGUAGCAAAACUGAAGAAAUUCUCAAACACCAUUCCGAUGACUAAGGAACAGCAAGAAGCGGAUGAAAAAGUUUUGGACGACGCGAUAGCGAAUGUUACAACAAUGGAAAAUGUUAAUUCCAACAAUAAUGAAGAACUGGAAUAUAAAGAGAAGCGGCCACGGAAACUACUCGGAAAACAAGCAGGAAAGCCAAACCUUUCGGAAGUGGAAUUAGACAUAAAGAAGAAGAAAAUGGAACAGAAUAGAAAUAAAUACAUUGCUAAUGUUUUUGAAAAACCAUUAAAAGUUAACAAAAAUGAAAAGGAAGAGAAACCAGUAAAUCAAACAACAAUUAUUAAAAAACAAAACAACAAAAAAAAAUUACAUAUGGUUGAAUUAAAUGGUAGUAAAAGCAAUGAAAAACAAUUCGAAUUUGAAGCCAAAAAUAUACAACGAAAUAACAUUAAUACAAAAAAACAGAAGGGAGAUUUUCCUUCUUUACUGGAGGGAAAGCCAAUUAAACGACAACAUAAAUUAAAACAGAAAUCAAAAACGAUUGGUUUACUGAAAAAUUAUAAAUCUAAAACACACAAAACUAAAAAAAACUAGUUCAAAUAUUAUGUCUAUAACCCGCAAAAGGAAAUACGUGUACUUUAUACUGAAACAACUUAAUACAUAUUUUUAAAAAUUUAGUAAUGCUAAAGAUUUGAAUACACUUUUUUUUCUUUAUUGGCGUAGACACCGCUUAUGCAGUUAUAACCGAGUUUAAAUACACUAUAGUGUAUACCUAUCUGCACGGGGAACUAUAGUGUAUACCAAUAGGUAUUAAAAAAUUGAGUUAAAUUCAUAAAAUGACAAGUUGUUUGUAAUAAGAAA